AAUUCUGGUCAAUGAGGCAAUCCCUUCGGAACUCAACGGCUAGUUCAUCUUGGGUCCGCAUAAGCCGUAACUACAUUUAUCAUAUUCUGCUGAACAGUGUGCCUUAUUUAUUUAUUUAUUUUUUUUUUGGCCCAUAAAUCUGUGCACAAUGCAAGCAGAAAAGCAAAAAUCAUGGAAAAUCUACAUUCAUGCCAAGGCCAAAAGUUUUCAUUUCAAGCUCAAAGCAACAAGUAUCAUACCCACUUGGGAGUUCCAUCACUGCUCCAUUUUACUAAAGCUUGGCAAAUGUAUUCUUAGACUGAAGUCCGAAUAUGGAACACCCAUUAAUCCCAAGCAACCACAAUGCAAAACUUUGAGAUCCAAGUUUAUUGGAUUUCUUAAAAAGUUUCGGUUUCGAAGGAGCAAGAACCGAGCCAUUGGCUUUAAGCACAAAUCAGAUCUCCCACACCCAGAAGCUAGAUUUCGAAAAUAUCAUCUGGGAUGGCUUGCUUAUAAGGAGCUAAUCUGUAUGGCCUCUUUGGUGGUUGGGAUUUUUGCAUUUCUGUCUCAAACAAUAUGCAACAAAGAUUGGUGGGGAAUUACCAUUCAUGGUUGUGUUAUCAUGUUAUACUUUGUUUUGUUAUUCAAGAAAUAUAUGACAGGAAAAAUCAGUAAUUUCUGCAUACUUCUAAUGGGUACAUCAGUGGUUUGUUCACUAGCGUUUGAUUUAGACAAAUAUUUGAAAAUUGGUUAUAUUCAGAUGCCAUGGAACUAUGUUGUUUCCUCCAGCUUGCCAGGUAUGUUUCAAGGUUUUAUCAAACUGUGGGGGUCCAGGUGAGGCUUUUUAUUGGAUUGCUAAACAUCUUAACUAUUUAACCAAACCAAGAUUUGGGAUAUGAAACACAUUGCAAAAAUUAUUUGUACCUUCUUAUUCCAUCUAUUCGACUGUUCAAAUUGUUGAUUGAUUGCAAUUGUGUUAUAAAAUCUUUUGUGCUGGUCGUCAAUUUUUUCCUCCAAGAGAGAUUUUGACAAAGAUGCUAUGAGAUGGUACAGAUUUUCAUAUAUGUUUGGGCGCCUCUUUCCCGGUUGGUAUAUCAGUUUGUACACUUGAAACUUGAAAGAGGUGGGAGGGAUUUUACUUUGACGGAAAGAGGAACUUUUUGUUGGAUUGGCUUUAGCUUGGAAGGAUAUGCUUGUGUUAACUUCUUGUUUUUGUUUUGGUUUUGUUUUCUUUUUCUUUUUUCUUUUUUUCUUUUGGGCUAUGUAUGUAUAAUAAAAUACAAUAUGCAUGUUGCUUUUUUUAAAGAAGAAGACGAAGAAAAAGCUGAAGGGUUCAUUUAA